AUGGCUACCGCUCAUACUCCUCGGGAAGAGAACGUCUACAUGGCUAAGCUCGCCGAACAAGCCGAGCGCUACGAAGAAAUGGUGGAGUUCAUGGAAAAGGUUUCCGCCAACGCCGAUAGCGAGGAACUUACCGUGGAGGAGAGGAAUCUUCUCUCCGUAGCUUACAAAAACGUGAUCGGAGCUAGACGUGCCUCGUGGCGUAUCAUUUCGUCGAUCGAGCAGAAGGAAGAGAGCCGCGGAAACGAGGAUCACGUCGCUGUUAUCCGUGAUUACCGAUCUAAGAUCGAGUCUGAGCUCUCUAACAUCUGCGACGGUAUCCUCAAGCUUCUUGAUUCUCGUCUUAUUCCAUCAGCUUCCUCUGGCGAUUCUAAGGUUUUCUACCUUAAGAUGAAGGGAGAUUACCACAGGUACCUUGCUGAGUUUAAGACCGGAGCCGAGCGUAAGGAGGCCGCAGAGAGCACUCUUGCCGCUUACAAAUCUGCUCAGGACAUUGCAAAUGCUGAAUUGCCACCAACUCAUCCAAUUAGGCUUGGCCUUGCUCUGAACUUCUCCGUUUUUUACUAUGAAAUCCUUAACUCUCCUGAUCGUGCCUGCAAUCUUGCAAAACAGGCCUUUGACGAAGCUAUUGCUGAAUUGGAUACCCUUGGAGAGGAAUCAUACAAGGAUAGCACUUUGAUCAUGCAACUUCUUCGUGAUAAUCUCACCCUAUGGACCUCUGACAUGCAGGAUGAUGGUGCCGAUGAAAUUAAAGAAGCAGCCCCUAAAGCAGACGAACAGCAGUAA